AUGUCAGGUUCGGAGGAAACAAAGCCUACGACGACGGGCUUGCUUCCUGCUUCCCACUGGAAGUCGCUCAACGUCGAAGAAGACGACCACAGCGAUGCUUCCUCUUUCGCCUCCAGCAACGCAAGCAGCACCACCUCUCUCCGGGACAGCAUCCUGGAAUACCGCAAAAUCCUGGGGCGAACCUAUCACCACGAGCUGGGUGACGCAGAGAAUUGGACACCGAACGAUGACAAGCACACAGAGAGCAUGGAGCUGGUCCACUACCUGACUCUCGUCGCCAUGAAAAACAAGCUCUUCCACGCCCCUCUGAACACAGACAAGCUAAAGAAAGUCCUCGACGUCGGCACCGGCACGGGCCACUGGGCCAUCGACUUUGGCGAUCAAUAUCCCAACGUCGAAGUCACGGGGACAGAUAUCACCCCCAUCCAGCCGGCAUGGACACCUCCUAACGUGAGCUGGGAGAUUGACGACGCAAACCAAGACUGGACCUGGCCCGAAAACACAUUCGACUUCAUCCACGUGCGGUAUCUCAUGGGGUGCAUCCGGAACUGGAAGAAGUUCUAUCAAGACGCCUUCCGCUGCCUCAAGCCUGGAGGAUGGCUUGAGCACCAUGAGUCUUCUUCCUCGUGGUACAGCGAUACGGAAGGCGUUGGCCCAGACCAUACCGUUGCCGAGGACAGUCCGGUGGGUCAGACGGUAAAGAUCUUCCAGAGUUCGGGCGAGAGGAUUGGCCGGACGUUUCGAGUGUUUGAGGAUGAGCUUCAGCAGAAGCUUAUGAAAGAGGUUGGCUUUGUCGACAUUGGAUUCAAGAAUUACGAUGUUCCUAUCGGGAGUUGGCCUGAGGAUCCGGAGCAGAAGCAACUUGGCAUUCUGGGAGGAGAGGCCCUUCUCGGCGAUCUUGAGGGUUACAUGCUCUACGUCCUGACAAAGGUCGAAGGCUGGUCCGAAGACGAAGCCAGGACCUUUACGGCCCAUGUGCGUGCACAGCUUCGCAAGCCUGGAUUCAAUCCUUACUUCAAGCGUCGUGCCGUUUGGGGCAGGAAACCUGAGUGA